AUGCCUAUGGCUUUACGUCCUUCAGCCAACCAAGAAAGGCCGGACGCUGGCGAGCUUGGCACCCCCACCGCAGAUUGCCUUGAAAAGCAUAAGGAAUCCGGUUGUGAAGAUGAGCUGGAGUACCUAACAGGAUGGAAACUUUUCCUUACAUUUUUGGCUCUUUGCUUGACUGUGUUCCUCGUCGCUCUGGACCAAACCAUUAUCGCAACUGCUAUUCCUACGAUUACAUCCCAAUUCCAUAGCAUCAAGGACGUUGGCUGGUACGGCAGUGCCUAUCUCCUGACAACAUGCAGCUUUCAGCUUUUCUUUGGAAAACUCUACACCCUCCUUUCUAUUAAGUGGACCUUUUCUGGGGCCGUACUUAUCUUCGAAAUCGGGUCUGCUAUUUGCGGUGCCAGCCCCAGUUCUGUUGUUCUGAUAGUCGGACGGGCUAUAGCAGGAAUCGGCGGAGCAGGCAUCUUUUCUGGCGCCCUGAUCAUCGUCGGCAAAUCGAUUCCAUUGGCUAAGCGGCCGGCUUUCACCGGCAUUAUCGGCGCUGUCUGGGGAAUUGCAAGUGUGGUCGGCCCAUUGUUGGGUGGCGCGUUCACGAGUCAUGCGUCGUGGCGAUGGUGUUUCUACAUCAAUCUGCCCAUUGGCGCGGUAGCAAUUGUGUUCAUAAUACUGUUCCUGAAGUCACCUCCUGCGCUCGGCGUAAAGUCUGAGGGGUGGAUGGAUACUGUCUUACAAUUCGACCCUAUUGGAAGUGUAUUCUUCAUCGCAAGCAUCAUUUGCCUCCUGCUCGCUCUGCAAUGGGGAGGUAGCACUUAUUCAUGGAGUGAUGGCCGCGAAAUUGCCCUGUUGACGCUUUUUGGCUUGCUGAUAAUAAGCUGGACGAUUACUCAAUGGAAGAUGGGAGACAAUGCCACAGUCCCAUUACGCAUCGCACGGCAGCGUACAGUGGCCUUCUCGACAUUUUAUAUCUUUUUCGCCAGUGCAUCUUUUGUCCUCAACAUCUACUAUCUACCCAUUUGGUUUCAAGCCAUCAAAGGCGACAAUGCUGCGGAGUCCGGCAUUCAUAACCUUCCUACAGUUCUUAGCGUUGUGGUCUUUGCCAUCGGAGGUGGCGUGGGAGUGACUGCUAUUGGAUACUACACACCGUUCAUGAUUGCAGGCUCUUUAAUCAUGGCAGUGGGGGCGGGAUUACUCCUCUUGUUCAAAGUGGACACUCCCAUAGCGAUGUGGCUAGGAUUUCAGAUUAUAUUUGGUGCUGGUGCAGGCAUCGGUCUCGAGUUACCAAACAUUGCCGUCCAGACAGUUCUCUCGGAAAAUGAUAUGUCCGCUGGCACAUCUCUUAUCGUAUUCGCGCGUUCUCUUGGUGGCGCUAUAUUUGUAAGUGCUGGACAAAAUGUCUUUAACAGCCAUAUAAUAUCGGGUGCGCGAAGCCAUGUUCAAGAACUCGACCCCUCUGUUAUCUUGCGCUCUGGGGCUACAGAUCUGCAGGAGACAAUUAAAGCAGCUGUGCCGAAUAACGGAGAUAUCGUGACAAAGGUGGUUCAGAUCUACAACGACGCUAUUGUCCAAACCUUCGUUGUGGCCCUGGUGCUGGCUUGUAUCUCUAUCAUGGGCGCCUUUGGUGUUGAGUGGCGCAGUAUCAAGAAACAAAAAGCCUCCCAGAGAUCAAACCCUCAUGAAUGA